AAUAUAUAUGGAGUAAAGGUAGGGUAGCGGCUAAAGCCACUCCCUAGCCUUUCUCUUGUUGUUAUUUUAUUACUAUUAUUAUUUAUCAUUUAUAUUAUUUAAUUGAUAUUUAAUUAGUAAAUGAAAUAAAAUAAAUAAUAUAAUAAGGGUGGAAAGUGGCGUGUAGCCCACUUCCCCCUUAUUAUGAAUUAGUUUGUUUUAUUUAUUUAUUUGAUUAAAUAAAUGAGAUUGGUCCUAAUUGGAUUAGAACUCAUCAAUGAGAAAGACUUUCAUUGUGAUUGAGAAACUAGUUUAGAACUACUAUAAAUACACUCUCCUCCUUCAUAAUUAAUAGACCAGUUUUCAUAUUCAGUAUUACCAGUUUAUUUCCCUACGAAGAGAUUUCCUAGCCUUUCUCUUAGGGAGAUCUAACUGUUCUUUCGGAAAGGAGAAAUCACGUGGAUAUCAAAGGUCAAGGAUUAUCACCGCUAGGCUGGAAGAUCUAAAAUUAGCUCGGCAAUAUUGUCAUCUCCAAGAUCUUGUUCUGCAAUUCUAGUGACAUCAAGGAUUCAAACUGGACCACCAUUAAUGGUGUCUCGCACUUCAAAACGACCGGUAAGUGUAGCCGCGACCGGCGAGUUGCGGCCAACGAAUCAGAGGAUAGAAUUCGCAUCUACGACAUCUUAAAAAUCGUUCGUUACCUAGUCUAGCGAGUCGUGUCAAUUAAAAGAUUUGUUGGAUUCAAUCUUUGCAAAUAGAUUUUCCAUCUACCGUUGUAAUUUUGUUGGGCAACGUGAUUUUUCUGAUGUGAUCGGCAAAUCCGAAGCGAAUUUUUCUACUGCGCAUGAUUAGGAGAUGACUCGUCUAUUUCAGGACUUCUUCUAUUAACUUUACGAUAGUGGUAGUAAAGUUUUAGGGAUGAUUUUUAAAUUAAGAUCAUUUUAAAUAAAAUAAUUGUGAUUGUAAUUUUUAAGCAUGCUUUAUCUUAAUUAUUUGAUUUGAUCGAUAAUUAUAUUAUUAUCAUUUGUUUUUAGCAUGCUGAUAUUAAUUGUUGUUUAUCUCUGUUUAUAAAUUAGAAUUAUAUUGCAUGAUUUAAUUUUACAUGUCUCAGUUAGAUCUCAUUAACAUAUUAUUUGAUAAUAUGUUUUAGCAUCUUGAUUAAGUAAUUUAAUACCCCGUUAAAUGUUCCCCAUCAAUUAAAAUUUAAGUCUUAUCUGGGAUAACGACAUCACCCAUCAUAAUUAAAUUAGUAGAAAUAUUUUUUCGUUGAAGAAUAUUUCACCCAAGUGUUUAUUCCAUUCGACAAAAUAUAGAACUAAUUUAUAGGUACAAUUGGUUAUGAUCGUGUGAUGGUUUUGACUUACUUAAAUUAGCUCGAGUCGCCCAAGCGUCAGUGUUAAUUUAGGGAUGUCGAUCAAUUUAAAAAUUGAUCAACCAAGAGUUGUUUGGACACAAUUGGUCUAGGGACCUACCCAUUAUAUUAUUACAGUGAUCAGCCCAAGCUGGGACUGUAAUAGUAUGAAUGUGGAUCUUGGCCACUAUGAUUGUAAAAGAUUCCAUGUUCUUUUUAUUGGGGUCAAAGAGCAUGAAAAUAGUGGGAGCUAAAUAAUUAAAAGCCUGAAUUAUUUAGUUAACUAAAUGUGAUCAUAAGAAUUAUUAUAUGAUUUUAAUUCCCGUUCUAUUUGAAGUUCUCUAGGCUUUUAAGAAUGUCGAAUUUAUCAAUGAGAAGUAUCUUGGAUACAAAUAAUCUGACUCGAUCAGACUUUCUAGACUUCGAACAAAAUGUGCAUUUAGUGUUUAGGCAAGAAAAUAUUGAGAUGUGUUUGACACCUGUCUACCCGAGGUUCCUAAUCUGAACUCUUCUGAAUUAGUUAUAUUUGACAUAGACAUUCAGAAGAAUAACAUUGCUAAGGUAAGCUCUACUGCUGAAUCUUUUUCUACGGGAAAGAACAAGCAGAAGAAGAGAAGUAAGGUUAGACCUAAGCCUCUAGCUUUGAAACCUAAAGGUGGGAUUCAAAAGAAACCUAAGGUACUAAAGGAUGUAUGCAUCUACAACAAAGAUAAGGCAUUGGAAGAGAGGUUUUAAGAUAUGUAGGGCUAAUCUAGCCAAAGCAUCGAGUGCUUUUAGCUUAGGUAUUUUUGUCAUUAGUAUUAAUAUGUCUACAACUAACUCUCACUGUUGGGUAUUAGAUACAACGUGUGGCUCACACACUGGAAUAAUGUGUAAAGUCUAAGUGACAGUAAGCAGUUAGACUGAGUGAAAUUGGCCUACAAGUAGAAAAUGGAGCAAUAGUUGCUGCUAGGCAUGUAGGCAUUUAUAAAUUAGAUUUACCCAGUGGUUAUAGUUUAGAACUAAAUAAUUGUUAUUUUGUUGCUUCUAAAACAAAGAAUAUAAUUUCCAUUCAUAUGUUAGACAUUAAGGGGUUUCCUUACAUUUUGGUGAUAACACUUGUUAUUUUUGACAAAGUGACAUUGUGUAUGGAAAUGUCCCUCUUAUGAAUGGUUGAUAUAUUCUUAUUUGUAGGCAUGACAUAUUAAAUGUACAAAAUAAGAGACCGAGGUUAAGUAAUUAGAAAAAUACCACCCAUCUUUGGUAUUGCGAUUUGGCCAUAUUAGUGAAACAAGAAUAACAAGGUUAAGUAAAUUAGAUUACUUAACACCAUAUGAUUUUGAAUCAUAUGGUAAUUGUGAUUCCUGUCUUUUAGCUAAAAUGACCAAUAUACCUUUUCUUGGAAAAGGAUUGCGGGCCAAAGAAGUGUUUGAAUUGAUUCACACAGAUGUGUGUGGACUGUUUGCAACUCAAGCUAGAGGAGUAUUUUCUUACUUCAUCAUUUUACUGAUGAUUUCUCUAGGUUUGGUUUUUGUGUAUCUUAUGAAACACAAAUCAGAAACUUUUGAGAAAUUCAUGGAGUAUAAGGUUGAAGUAGAGAAACAACUUGACAAGAGUAUCAAGACUCUACGAUCUGAUUGUGAAGUGGAAUACUUGAGUAAGGAGUUUUUUGAUUACUUGAAAGGUCAAGGAAUUCAGUCACAAUGGACUCCUCCAGGAACACCUCAAUUGAAUGAGGUUUUUGAAAGGAGAAAUAGAACCUUGUUGGACAUGGUUAGGUCCAUGAUGAAUUCCACAUCUCUUCCAACAUCUCUUUGGGGGUACGCAUUGGAAACCUCAAUAUACGUUCUGAAUAGAGUUCCAUCUAAGUUAGUGCAAAAGACACUAUACGAGUUAUGGUGUAAUAAGAAGUCUAUUCUUACACAUAUUAAAGAGUGAGGUUGCCUUACAUAUGUGAAGAAAAUGGACAUUGACUAGUUGAGACCUAGAAGUGAGAAAUAUUAUUUUGUGGGGUAUCCUGAGGAAACUAGGGAUACUAAUUUAUCUUCCCGGGGGAUAUAAAAUCAUUAUUUCCAGACAAGCGAGAUUCCUAGUACAAGACUUGGUCUUUAAGGAAUGUAAUUGUGGGAGGAUAGAACUUGAUGAAGUUCAAGAAUCACAAAAUAAUAUAAAGGACGAAGACUUGUUAGAUAGUCAAAACAAGGAUUCAGUAGGAGAAUUGAGUGGAAGCAUGUCUCUAGGAAGAUGUCUUUCAGUUAGUGGGAGUAACAUAGGAAUCACCUCGCACCAGCACGUGAUUCUUAUGAAAGAAACAAAUGACACGGUUGUCAUUCUUUCUGCACCCACUUCUCCUUCUCUUGAAACAAUUAAAAGUGUAGCACCAGAAAACUCUCCGAACAUUGGAUAGUCCAAUGAAGGAGAACCUCUUCACAAUCAGAAUGAAUAGCCUGAACAAACACAAAAUAUUCAACUUUGUAGGUCUACUAGGAUUCAUCAUGAAUCAACUAGGUUUGGCUUCCACAUGGAGGAUCAUGAUGAUGUAAAAAUUCAUGACAAGGAUGAACCUAAGACCUAAACCUAAACCAAUAUUAGAUGUUGAUUUAGAGAGGUGGCGAGAAGCCAUAAAAUCUAAAAUGUACUUGAUGUAUAUCAAUCAAGUAUGGAACUUGGUUGACUUGCCUGUUCGGUUAGACCCAUUGGAUGCAAAAUGAUUUUCAAGGAGAAAAUUAAUGCUGAAGGCAAGGUGAAAACAUACAAAGCUAGGCUAGUGGCUAAAGGUUAUAGUCAAAGAAAAGGAAUUGACUAUAGUGAUACCUAUUCGCCAGUUGCAAAACUCAAGUCCAUUUGGAUUUUGCUUGUUAUAGCUGCUCAAUAUGAUUAUGAUAUUUGACAAAUGGAUGUCAAAACCCCUUUCCUUAAUGGAAAUCUCAAGGAGGAGGUGUACAUGGUACAACCUGAAGGUUUUCUAUUUAUGGGCUAGAACAAGCAUCUAGGAGUUGAAAUAAUAAUUUUGAUGAAAAAGUCAAACCGUUUGACCUCAUCAAAUGAAAUGAGGGUGCUUGCGUGUUUAGAGUGCGCAACAAGGAUAGUGUGGUCUUUAUAAUCAUAUAUGUUGAUCAUAGAGAAUGAUAUCCCCUCAUUGAAGUCCGUGAAAGAAUGGUCACCCAAAAUAUUCAUGAAUAUCUUUUGUCUAUAGUAGACAGAAAGAACUAGUAGAAUUUAACUAUUCUAGCACUAGUUUCAUGUAUGAUAACAAAGACUACGAGUCAUAGUCAGUAUAUGUAUUUAGUCUCAAUGUAAUAGUAAUGCUAGCAAAUUCGACAACUAGAGCCUAGUAAAUUGUUGCACUUGAUGCAACAUAGGUAAGCGUUUAGAUACGUUAGUUCCUUAAAGAAAUAGGGGUAGUUCCUAGCGACAGUUAUCCAAUAAUUGUUAUUGUGACUGUACCGGUGCAUUUGCACAAGGUAAGGAACCAAUAUGCAAAGUAAGGAACUAGAAAAUACCAGUAUGCUAUCAUGUUUUGAUAACAGAUAGCAAGAUGAGAAGUUGCAAUAGAAUGACUUCCCGUAGAGGACAAUUUGGCUGGCCCUUUCACCAAACCUUUGAGAUACGAGAAACACACUAAACUUUUGAGAGUCUAGGUGUUAGACGCAUCGGUGAUUGGCACUAGGCCAAGUGGGAGAUUGUUAGUAUAUAUGUCCUAGCGACAAUCACUUUUUAGAGAUAUAUGUACUUGAUCACAUUCAGUUUUAUAUAUUUGACAUAUAUGGUAUUACACAUUGAUGAUUAAGCAUUUCGAUUGUCAAUGUCUUAUUCAUAAUUGUGUUCCCUUGGACUUAUGUUGUCAAUAUGUAAGUGAGAGCUUAUAUGAUAUAACAUAAGGUCCUAAAAUAGCCCCGAUCAAUGAUCAUCAAGAAAGGGAUAUUGAUGAUAUGCGAUAAGAUUGGUAUGUGGACUGCAUCAUACUUUUAGAAAGUAUAGUUGAUCUCACAACUAUGAGUUCUUGCAAUUCAUGAUGGUCACAUAGAUAUUUUAGAGAAUAUUGGCAUACCCACCGAGAAACCAUUUGAUAAGUUCUAUUCAUGUGUCUAUGGGAUUAUCGGCGUAUAGAGUAGUGUAAUAGUCCUCGGACUUGAGGUCAAUACGUACUACAUGUGCAGAGUGAUGUACUUUGACCAUGACCAACGCUUGCACUCCAAUCGGGGUAGAUACGGCAUGUGUUGGGUGCAUCACGAAGCACAUGGAGUAGUAGUUGAGCCAAGAAAGGAUUCAUUCCUCGUAAUAUAUUAAGAGAGAACAUUCUACUUCUCAUAUCUAGAUGGAUCAUAAAGUCAUUGGCCAAUGCAAAGAUAUAUUCGUUUUGGAUAUCAAAUAUGAUCGUUAUGGAUCAUCUAGAGAGAUUGAGAGAUAGAGACUAAGUUAUUGGAAUAGACACAAUAUCAAGUUCCAGACUUAGUUGAAUGUUCGUUGAAUGAAAGGACCGUAUCACUAUGAGCUCUAUAUUAAAGGGAGUUUGAAUAGUCCUCGCAAACGUCCUUAUAUAUUAAGUUUGUCUGGUAAAUCGUCUAGGGAUUCUACUAAGACCUUAAUUUGAUUAGUGCUUAAUAUAUAAGGCCCUAUGGGUCACACAACAAGUGAUUAUACCUUCCGAUUGAAUUGUUAGAAGAAAUUAAAUAUUAUAAAUUGGAUUAAAUAAUAUUUAAUUAGUAAUACUCAAAAUGAAUUAAAUAUUAAUUAGAUUAAACAUAUUUAAUUCAUGAAGUUGAAAGAAAGUUCUAUUUGAUAGAAUUAAUUAAGUAAAAUAAAUUAGAUUUAUUAUACUUAAUUAAGAUGUAUUUAUAAUUAAAUAAAGUUG